AUGGAGUGGGAGAGAGCUUUUCAGUGCAUUCAGUUGGGAUACAUCGAUGUCUUACACUAUCUAAUAAAAAGCCACCAGAUUGACCUCUAUGUUGUAGAUGAGAACAACCGAAAUAUGAUAUUUUUAUCCGUCAUAUAUAAUCAACCAAAGAUUCUGGAGUACUUUUUGGACAUGGAGCCUCCUGUUCUCAAUGUAAACCAAGCAGCAGAAAAUGGAAAUACUCCACUUCAUGCUGCAGUCAACACUAGAAAGACAGAUAUCAUGUCUCUUCUUUUGCGUUUUGCUGAAAUUGAUGUCAAUGCCCCUAAUCACCAGUGUAAUGGAGCAACAGCUUUACAUCUUGCUAUCAUUUAUGGACAUCUGGAUAUUUGUUAUUUGUUGCUAAAAGCUGCAGCUAAUCCAGAAAUUCCAAUGGGAGAAAUGACACCUUUGCAACUUGCUCAGCAAAUGGGUAAUACAGCUAUAGAAAGCCUAGUAAGGUUUCAUGUUAACAAAUUGAAAAAAGGAAAAUAA